AUGGUUUAUAAUCCCAAAAGGUUCAUAAAAAAGAACUUUGGACGAUUCAAAAAUAGAAACAGGUCAGGAAACUUUAAUUCAGAGAAAUCAAGGGAUGAAGGAUUCAGAAGCUCCGAAAAGGAUGAAGAAAAGCAAGAGAAAAAGCUGCUUGGUGAUUCUGGUUACGAUUGUAACUACUGCCAUGAGGAUGAAAUCGAUGAAGAGUGCUAUAAAUGCGAUUCCAGAGUCUCUUCCGAAGAGGUUUCACACGUAUAUCGAGUGGGUCUUGACAAAAUUGAAGCCUACAUACAAUCCAAAGACCAUAAGAACAUGUUAAAACAAGUUUUGGAUGAAAAAGAUAAAGAUAAAAAUAAAUCUGAUACUGUGCAAAAGUUUGACUCGUUGUGCACGAAAUUGAGUUCAAAAAACACUUUUGAUACUAACAAUGUUUCUGAAUUCGAUGAGAGCGACAUGAGUGAAAUUUCUGUAGAGGAUGAGAUUGACUUAAGAUCUCCUGUUCAAAAUUUGAAAUCUACUCCAGUUCAGUGUUUGAAACCAAAUUCUGUUCCGAAACAGGUUGCGAAACCUACGGUUGCAAAACUAGAAACUAAUGCAAAAUCUCAAGUUUCAAAACCAUUUGAAAAGAGUAAACUAAAAUUUUCUUCUAAAUCCAAUUUUUCAAAAACUGCCAAUGCAUCAAAAGAUGUUAAAGACAAAGGCAAACUAGUUUCGGAACCCAAAAUCUCUUCCAAGGAUUUCGAAGCUCAGUUGAAAAAAGGAGGAAAAGAAACUUGUGGUUGUUCGCAUCACAUGAUAGGGAGGAGGGAAGAGCUCAGGGAAUUUCGCACAUUGAAGAAUGGUGGCAAAGUGAAGUAUGGAAAUAACGCCACAGGAGAGAUCAAAGGAUGCAACAUGAUCAUGAAUGGAAAAUUCACUAUUCGGAAGGUAGCCUAUGUAGAAGGCCUGGAAUAUAACCUAAUAAGCGUUUCUCAACUGGUUGUAGGUACAGGGCUAAAGGUUUCGUUUAAUGAUGAAGGAUCUGAAAUAAUAGAAAAGAAAACAAAGGUGGUGCUAUUAAAAUCCAAAACAAAGGGAGAGAUGUUUCCUUUGAACAUUAAACCAAUAGUCAGGAAGCCAACCAUUUGCCUUCUUACGAAAGCAUCUUCGGAUGAUAGUUGGCUUUGGCACCGAAGGCUCUCGCAUUUUAAUUUCAUGGACAUCAGCAAACUCGUAUUUGGAGACCUUGUGCAAGGACUUCCUCUUCUAAAGUAUGACAGGGAACAUCUGUGUGCAACUUGUGAAUUAGGAAAGAAAAGUUGGAAGAGUCACUCCACAAUUAUUAAUUCCAAAAUUAACAAGCCACUUGAACUCUUACACAUUGAUCUUUGUGGCCCAUCUGCCAUUAAGAGUGUUGGUGGUAACAAGUAUAUUUUGUGCACUGAUAACGGUUCUGAAUUCAAAAACCAAAUGUUUGAAGAAUUCUUGACCGAAAAGAGAGUUGCUCACAACUUCUCUGCUCCAGUAGAUCAUACAGAGAUUGCAGACAACCCAUUUCCGACAGAAGAGUUAUGUUGA